UUUUACAGAUGACAACACCAAUAUCAAUUGAAGACGUUCGUAGAGAGGUCAAAAUCCUCAAAGCCUUGUCCAACCAUAAUAAUCUUGUCAAAUUUUAUGAUGCAUGUGAGGAUGCACUUAACGUCUACGUAGUCAUGGAAUUAUGUGAAGGUGGAGAAUUAUUAGAAAGAAUUUUAUCCAGAGGUGGAAGGUACUCAGAGGAGGAUGCAAAAGCUAUAGUUAUUCAAAUACUGAGUGUAAUCACCUUUUGUCAUCUUCAAGGUGUUCUGCAUCGUGAUUUAAAGCCAGAGAAUUUUCUUUUCACCACCAGAGAUGAAAAUGCUCAGAUGAAGUUGAUUGAUUUUGGCCUUUUCGAUUUUGUUAAACUAGGUAGUUUACAGAUUUUUGAUGCGCUAUCCAAAGCCCUAACAGAGGAUCAGCUGUUUUAUCUAAGAUCACAGUUUAAGCUGCUAGCACCAAACGGAGAAGGUCACAUAUCAUUUGACAACUUUCGAAUGGUCCUAUUGCAAAAUGCAACCGAGGCAAUGAAGGAGAGUAAGGUUAUUGAUAUCUUAAAUGUGUUAGAGCCACUCUCGUACAGAAAGAUAGACUUUGAAGAAUUCUGUGCUGCUGCUAUCAGUCCCCAUCACCUCGAGGCCUUGGAUGGGUGGGAACAAAUGACAAGUACGGCUUUUGAGCACUUCGAGUGGGAGGGGAACCAAGCCAUCACCGUUAAGGAGCUAGCUCAGGUACUAACGAUCCUCUCCUAG